AUGCUGUUUUGGCACAGCCAGCCGGAGCACCUGUGGCCCAGCCCCGGGGAACUGUACCCCGGGCCACCAAGCAGCUUGCUCAGGGAGGCCUUGCCCUUGCCCUACCUGAAGCAGGAAGAGCCGCCCAACAUCCCCCGUGCGGAACCGCCCUGCCCCGCCUUCCAGUACGUGCUCUGCGCAGCUACCUCGCCAGCUGUGAAGCAGCAGGAGGAGACCCUCACCUACCUGAACCAGGGCCAGUCCUAUGAGGUGAGGAUGCUCUGCAACCCCAAACUGGGCGAUGCCACCCAGGGGCCCCGGCUGCUGAAGAGUGUGGUGCGUGUGGUUUUCCACGACCGGCGCCUGCAGUACACGGAGCAGCAGCAGCUGGAUGGGUGGAGGUGGAGCCGGCCUGGGGACCGCAUCCUGGACAUAGAUGUGCCACUGUCCGUGGGGGUGAUAGAACCCCAAGUGCUACCCUCACAACUCAACACGGUGGAGUUUUAUUGGGACCCGGCCAAGAGGACCUCCCUCUUUCUGCAGGUUCACUGCAUCAGCACUGAGUUCACUCCUAGGAAAAAAGGUGGAGAGAAAGGUGUUCCCUUCCGCCUUCAGAUCGACACUUUCAAGCCCUGUGACAAGGAGCUUUCGCCGGAGCACCUGCAUUCAGCUGGCUGCCUCAUCAAGGUGUUUAAGCCCAAAGGAGCUGACCGGAAACUGAAAACUGACCGGGAGAAGAUUGAGAAACAGCCCGUGCAUGAGAGAGACAAGUAUCAGACAGCCUGUGAGAGCACAGUCUUCAUGGAGUGUUCACCGUGGCCAGAGCCCAGUUCGGGACCCCACCCGCCUCUGAGCCCUCUUGCUCUGACCUCCCCCAACUCCUGCAAGCUCCCCCCGGAGAGGUGAGGCAGGACGAGCACCUUCCGUCAGCCCUUGGGGGUGAGAAUGAAGAGAAGAGCCCCUCAGCCUAGGCAGCGGGGGAGGGGCCGGCCUGAGGGUGCAGCUGAGGCAGCUUCUGGGGAACACGUGGGUGACACCGGGACAGGCCUGGGGAAGGAUGAGGGGGGCAGGAGACUGGCCGCACUGUUUCCCUGAGCCUGACUCCCUGCUCCCCACAGGCUCUGCUCCUCACCACCAUUCGCCUUGGACACCUUGGGGGGCAGCCCAGCCCAGGUGAGUCUUUCCUUUCCACACUCCCACACCCCCUAUUGCAAAGCCUUCUCAGCAGUGUCACCUCACUCUCCAGAAUAGGGUGGCCCUGCCCCCUGGUGGGGAGAUGUGGUAUGGCCACAGAUAGUCAAAUGGUUCGCGGAUGGCACUGGGCACUUGCCUCCGCCAGGAUGAGCCUCCCGUCUCAGACUUGGGACCUCCAAGGGCAGGGGCCAUGUUUCCCCUCCACCUUGUUCUCAGUCCGUGGGUCCACGGUGUUAUCUGGACCGCUCUCUUUAUACCUCAGGAUCUGAACCCUGGAGCCUCCAUCCUAGAGACACAGCAGUGGUUGCAUCGGCACCGGUUCUCCAACUACUGUCGGUCGCUGGCCAAUUUCACUGGUGAGGCUGGGGUCUGGUAGGGACCUGACCUGUAGGGGACUGAGGGCAGACAGUCGGGCAGGAAGCCUGUCUCUGUCCUGGCUUGCUGUGUGACCUUCAACUAACUUCUAUGUAGAACUAAGAGUUGGCAAGCACACUAUGCUGGCUAGGCUCUCUUCUCGUGUAUUAUCCCAUACAAUUUAUACACUACCCCUGAGGACAGGGCUCAGAGAGGUUAAAUAACUUACCCAAGGACACACAGCUAGCAAGUGGCACAGGUGGGAUUUGAAUCCAAGUCUGGUUCCCAUGUCUGGGCAUACCAGGGCUAUUUGUAGACUAAUGUUGGAUUGUAUCCCUUGCCACCCUUGAUCCCAGUGCUCUCUUCCCCUAAUCUAGCCCUGUCUGACUCUGCAGGCACUGAUCUGCUGAAGCUUACCCGCCAGGACCUUAUCCAGAUCUGUGGAGCUGCCGACGGGAUCCGCCUUUUCAAUACUCU